UUCGGAAGGCUUAAAAUGGUGCUCGUAUUGUGGUUGCGUCCUUUGGCCCACUUCAAUCAAUCGUCACUUCCUAUAGUCAUUACUCGGUCCUUCAGAGAAAAUUAUAACCGUCGCAACAUGCGUUCCGUAGUAGCUGCUGCCAUCUCCCUCGCGCUUUUCCAAAGUGCUACUGCCAGUGCCCCCCACGCACUCGACAAGCGAGGCACCUAUCCCGGAGGCUUCAUUCGAGGUGUACCCAACCCCUCAUGCGAAACUUACCCACCGCCACCUAGCUGCAUCCCUCAUCCUCGUUUUGAUGACGUCGCAGCUUGCUACUACAACCCCUUCCCUCAAUAUUGUCGUCAAUACAUCCCCAACGUCAACUACGAUUAUUGUUCGAUGUACCCCUACAUCCCUGAUUGUCAACCGUCUUAUCCCGAUAACUUCUAUUACGGAGCCUCGCCCUACGGUCAGCUCGGUUCGUCCACUGGGAAUACGAUGUUCAAGGCUAAGGAGGCUGAUGGACACAAGGCUAAAACCGAGGCGAAGGCUUAGGACAACUCCUGUGGACAACACAAACGGUUCCUUCACCAUUUUUUACUAGCCGCACCUCUCCUUCUUUAUUGAUUUGUUUGUUUCCUCUUGCACCGUGCCCGCACUGUCCUCGCACUUGAGCUGUUGUUACUGAAGCCCCUGUUUCGUAUGGGGAUGUAUGGACUCGCAAUUUACUCGUCUUGCCUUGGAUGGCCACUGCUCUCAUACCAUGUUGUCUUAUGAUGUGUCAUAUCCACGCAUUGUGCGAUGAGUGACUGCAAACCGAACAUCUGAAGUAUGGGUCACUCCUUCCUGGGAAAAACCUUGGCUUCCAACAUUUAGCCAGCCGCAGAUAUUUAUGUACCUUGCAGAUUUGCACAUUGUAGCG